CCCGGGCCUCCCGGGCCGCCCACCCCGCGGGCGCGCCUCUUCGCAGUUCAGCGCCGCCCGGGCCCGGGACCCGCUGCUUCCGAGCGCGCAGACCUCGCCACGGGGAUCAAGAGGACGCUGCGCGCUGGCGGCCGCCCCUGGCCUCGCUCCGGAUCGCACUGCAGCGCAUCGCCUCGUCCCGGGCUCCGACUCGGAGCGCACAGCUCGCGCCCCGGGCAGCGGCGUGUCCCGGGAGCCCCGACUGUGGGGCAGGGCGCAGGGCGGCGGCCGGCUGGGGAUGGGCGGCCGGGCUGCGGCGUGGACGGGCGCCGGGGGGCUCCGAGCGCUGCUGCUGGCGCUGGUGGCCGCGGGGGUCCCGGCCGGCGCCUACAACCUCGACGCGCAGCGCCCGGUGCGUUUCCAGGGCCCGGCGGGCUCCUUCUUCGGCUACGCGGUGCUGGAGCACUUCCACGACAACACGCGCUGGGUCCUUGUGGGCGCACCAAAGGCAGAUUCUAAAUACAGCACUUCAGUUAAGUCCCCUGGGGCUGUGUUUAAAUGCCGCGUCCACACCAACCCCGAACGGAGAUGCACCGAACUGGACAUGGCUCGAGGGAAGAACCGGGGUGCGCCCUGUGGGAAGACCUGCAGGGAAGACCGAGAUGAUGAGUGGAUGGGGGUGAGCCUGGCCCGGCAGCCCAAAGCGGAUGGCCGUGUUCUGGCCUGUGCCCAUCGUUGGAAGAACAUCUACUAUGAAACAGACCACAUCCUGCCCCACGGAUUCUGCUACCUCAUCCCGUCCAACCUCCAGGCCAAAGGCAGGGUGCUGAUCCCCUGCUAUGAAGAGUAUAAGAAGAAGUAUGGGGAGGAACAUGGCUCCUGCCAGGCCGGGAUGGCAGGCUUCUUCACUGAGGAGCUGGUGGUCAUGGGUGCCCCAGGCUCAUUUUAUUGGGCUGGGACGGUCAAGGUGCUGAAUCUCACAGACAACACAUACUAUAAACUGAACGAUGACAUGAUUAUGAGCAGGCGGUAUACCUACCUGGGCUAUGCAGUGACCGCUGGCCACUUCUCUCAUCCAUCCAUCACUGAUGUGGUAGGAGGUGCCCCACAGGAUGAAGGCAUUGGAAAGGUUUAUAUAUUUAGAGCUGACCGAAGAUCAGGGACCUUAAUGAAGAUUUUUCAGGCAUCAGGAAAAAAGAUGGGCUCUUACUUCGGCUCCUCCUUGUGCGCAGUUGACCUGAACAUGGAUGGCCUCUCUGACCUGCUCGUGGGGGCCCCCAUGUUUUCUGAGAUCAGAGAUGAAGGGCAGGUUACUGUCUACCUCAACAAAGGAAAUGGAGCCCUUGAGGAACAGUUGUCCCUGACCGGAGAUGGUGCCUACAAUGCACACUUUGGGGAGAGCAUUGCCAGCCUGAGUGAUCUUGAUGAUGACGGGUUCCCAGAUGUCGCUGUCGGUGCACCUAAGGAGGAUGACUUUGCUGGAGCAGUCUACAUCUAUCAUGGUGAUGCCGAUGGGAUUGUCCCCCAGUACUCAAUGAAACUGUCUGGGAGGAAGAUAAACCCGAUCCUGCGGAUGUUUGGGCAGUCCAUAUCAGGGGGCAUUGAUAUGGAUGGAAAUGGCUAUCCUGAUGUCACCAUUGGAGCCUUCCUGUCUGACAGCGUGGUCCUCCUCAGGGCCAGACCGGUCAUCACUGUGGAUGUCUCCAUCUUCCUCCCAGUCUCCAUCAACAUCACAGCACCUCAGUGUCAUGAUGGACAGCAGCCUGUGAACUGCCUAAAUGUCACCGUGUGUUUUCGAUUCCAUGGCAAGCAUGUACCAGGAGAAAUUGAUCUGAGCUACAAUCUGACUGCUGAUGUGGCCCAGAAGGAGAAGGGCCAGCUGCCCAGAGUCUAUUUUGUGUUGCUGGGAGAGACUGCCGGCCAGGUGUCAGAGAAGCUGCAGCUGACCCACAUGGAGGAGACAUGUCAUCACUACAUGGCCCACGUCAAGCGGAGGGUCCAGGAUGUCAUCAGCCCCAUCGUGUUUGAAGCUGCCUACAGCCUGGGUGUGCAUGUGUCUGGUGAUGAGGCGCGGGAGCUGCCAGACCUGACACCAGUGCUGCGCUGGAAGAAGGGACAGAAGAUCGCCCAGAAGAAUCAGACAGUUUUUGAGCGGAAUUGCCGAUCUGAGGACUGCGCUGCCGACCUGCAGCUUCGGGGGAAACUCCUGCUUUCCAGUGUUGAUGAGAAAACCCCAUACCUAGCUUUGGGGGCUGUGAAGAAUAUCUCUCUGAACAUCUCCAUCUCCAACCUUGGGGACGAUGCCUAUGAUGCCAACGUAUCCUUCAAUAUUUCUCGGGAACUCUUCUUCAUCAACAUGUGGCAGAAGGAGGAGAUGGGCAUUUCCUGUGAGCUGCUGGAAUCAGACUUCCUCAAGUGCAGCGUGGGAUUUCCUUUCAUGAGGUCAAAGUCGAAGUAUGAGUUCAGUGUCAUCUUUGAUACAAGCCACCUGUCUGGGGAAGAGGCAAUUCUCAGCUUCAUCGUAACUGCUCAGAGUGGAAACAUGGAGCGCUCCGAAGCCCUGCAUGACAACACGCUCACACUGGAGGUGCCGCUGAUGCACGAAGUGGACACGUCCAUCACUGGAAUUGUGUCCCCAACCUCCUUCGUGUAUGGCGAGUCUGUGGAUGCAUCCAACUUCAUUCAGCUGGAUGACCAGGCGUGCCAUUUCCAACCCCUCAACAUCACUCUCCAGGUCUACAACACGGGCCCGAGCACCCUCCCUGGGGCAUCUGUCAGCAUCUCCUUCCCCAGUCGGCUGUCACCUGGUGGUGCAGAGAUGUUUCAGGUCCAGGAGAUGGUGGUGAGCCAAGAAAAGGGCAACUGCUCUUUCCAGAGGAACCCAACCCCCUGCAUCAUCCCUCAAGAACAAGAAAACAUCUUCCACACCAUAUUUGCUUUUUUCACCAAAUCUGGAAGGAAAGUGUUGGACUGUGAAAAGCUAGGGAGUUUCUGUCUAACAGUGCGCUGCAACCUUAGCGCCCUCCCUAAAGAAGAGAGCCGUACCAUAGACCUGUACAUGCUGCUGAACACAGAAAUACUGAAGAAGGACAGCGCUUCUGUCAUCCAGUUCAUGGCUCGAGCCAAGGUGAAGGUGGAUCCUGCCCUGAGAGUGGUGGAGAUAGCUAAUGGGAAUGCAGAAGAGACUCAGGGGGCAGAGAGCCGUGGAGCAGCACCGUGGUGUGGGGCUCAGAGAGUCGUGAAGCAGCACCGUGGUGUGGGGGCAGAGAGCCGUGGAGCAGCACGGUGGUGUGGGCCUCAGAGAACCGUGGCACAGCCCCGUGGUGUGGGGGCAGAGAGCCAUGGAGCAGCACCGUGGUAUGGGGCUCAGAGAGUCGUGAAGCAGCACCGUGGUGUGGGGCUCUAAGUCAUUGACUCUCCUGUUUGGAACGCUGUGGUGGUCUUCUCCCUGUCAAGUAUUGGCAAGAAGCUGUUGUUGGUUUUUUCAUGCUCCCAACAGGGAGGGGAAGGAACACAUCAUGAGAAUCCCAAGAGAGCCCUUCUUGAAGGCCCCUCCCACCACCGCCUUUUUGGUCCAUAAACUAAGAUUCCAUUCUGCAGUGUGUUCUUAACUUUCCUAGUAGGGGAAAAAAAAUCUUCUCUGAGUAGGAAGACUUCUGGUUUUAGAAGAAGUACAUUCCCCCACACACACAUGAUUUUUCUGAGCGUCUGGCUCCUGUCAACCGCUCAUCUGAAGGGGGAUUUCCACAGAGGCUGUCCAGCAGACUUAAAUCAGGUGACAUUUCACAGCCUCUCAGAUUAGGCACCAAUUGUAGCCUUGGGCUGAUGAGAAAAUGUGUCUGUGUCUGGUGUCCAGCAUGGCAUGGGUAAGAGGAGGAACAUCAUCCGGGUUUUAACUGUAAAUAGCUACAUGAUAAUGAAUUAGGAAAAUCAAAUGCUUUUUCUUGUAUCAUCUCCCCCACCCCACCCCAACCCCCAUGCUGGGAAUCAAGCCUGGAUGUAGCUGGAAGUUUUCCUGUGUCCCUAAGCCGCUUUGUCCCAAAUAAACACACAGAGGCUUAUAUUAAUUACAAACUGUUUGGUCUAUGACUUAGGCUUAUUGCUAACUAACUCUUUUAUCUUAAAUUAACCCAUUUCUAUUAAUCUAUGUAUCGCCAAGAGCAGCUUCUUUAUUAUCCAAUGAUAGCAACACAUAUUCACAGCAUACGGAAAGACUACCCCACAGCACCUGGGGCCUUAAACAUGUCAGGCAAGUGGUCUGCCCUAAGGUCCAUCCUCGGCAUGCGUGUCUUUUAUGUUUAUGUCAUGGUGCAGCAGUGAUUUACAAGGCAUCUGCCCAUCACUAGACAUAUGCAGUGUAUUUUUUGAGGACUUGCUCCUUAAUGAAUCCAUCAGAGAUGUUUACUCUUAAUUACUUUUCUUUUGCUGUGAUAAGACAUCACACCUGAGGCAACUUAUAAAAGAGAUUUAUUUGUGGCUGACGAUGUUAGAGGGUGAGUCCGUGAGCAUCAUAGUGAGGAACGUGGCAGCAAGCAGGAGGGCCUGGCACUGGAGCCUGGCACUGGAGCCUGGCACUGGAGCCUGGCACUGGACAGCCCCUCCUAGCUCACACCUUGAUCCACAAUCACUAGGCAGAGACAGAUAACUAGGAAUGGUGCAGACUUUUGAAACCUCAAAGCCCACCUCCAGUGACACACCUCCUCCAACAAGGCCAUGCCUUCCAAUCCUUCCCAAGUAGUUCCAACAACUGGGGACCAAGUGUUCAAACAUAUGGUGGCCAUUUUCAUUUAAACCACCACACUCACCAGAAGUAACAUCUAAGAUUAACUUCAAUGGCACUUGUCUGGUCCAUGCUGUCUCCAUCCUGAGGACCUUGAUGGGGUCUUGAUGACCACAAGGUCAAAGGGCUGGUUGUGAGGAGCCAAUAACAUGAGCUAGAAUUUGACCGUAUCUGAGAGCUCUUGAAAUUGCCAGGAGAACCAGACUGUGAGGGUAUGAAAGAAAUCAGGAAGCCUGAUGAGCCAGGGCCAUGCUGAGUUCAGCCCUGGGCUGAAGAACUCAAUGCCCUGGGCUCUGGAGUCAGGCAGGAGCCUCUCACCAGCUAACGCUGGAACUCUGUACCUGGGGACCAGGCCACUGGUGUUAUCAGCUGUUCUGGCAGGGAGACAGGGCCCAUCAUUCCCUGUGACUCACUGCAUGGGGAGGAGAGCCAACACUGGGCCAUAGAUAGUGACAGUUGUCCCCUUCAAUGUGCUCCAGGAGUCGUGAAGGGCAGUGACCAGUCAGCCAAGCUUGCAUCUGAGCAAGAGUCAGACACUUGGACCCCUUGUUGAGGGGAGCUUCCAGGGCAAGCAGCCAUCUUAAUGAGAGAGCAUGGGAGCCUUGUCCAAGGAUGACUGGCAGGCUCUGUGUGCGUUGCUCUCUUUUGAGAACUGUGAGUUGGGCGUGGUGACCCACCUGAAGUCCCAGCACUUGGGAGGCAGAAGCAAGAGGAUCUUGAACUUGAGGCCAGCCUUGGCUACCUAGCAAGAUCCUGUCUGAAAACAGAACAAAAGAAUGUGCUAGAAUGAGCAAGCUUCUGGGCCAAUGUGACAGGAAAUACAUUUGGGGCCUUUUGUCUUCUACCAUGGAGCCAUGUGUUCCUCCUGCAUGUGGGGAUAUGGAUCAUUAAUUCAGAGAAGUCCCUAGAAAAUCCACAGUACCCUUCUGUGUGAAUAAAGGAGUCUGCAACUCAAAGAGAAAAUAAUUGAUUAAAGAUCUCACACUGGCUGAGCCAAGAGUAGUGUCUGGACCGCUGGACUCGCAGCCUGGAGGUCCCUUUCCCUCUGCCUUGUACGCACUCAGUCAUGUGCUGAUGAGGUGCCCAACCACUCUGGGUGAAUGAGCUGAGAUCAAGGCAAAGAUGCUCGUUACGAAAAGGAAAUAAUUGGCUUGUUUUAAGUUAUUUGUUUAAACUGCAGAGUCCAGCCAGCUCCUUCCCCCUAGACACUGAUCUCCUCUUCCCAACUGGGGUUUUCCUUCCUCAGGCUAGGUCAGAUCCUGGAAGGAAGCUUCCUUCCUGCAUCCUAUGUGCAUGCCUGAAUAAGCCUGCCCUGCCAAAUCAGUCAGGACAGCACAUUCCCAGUGCAUGUGCUCUGAAGCCAUCCUUUCAGAAGGUCAGGCCUGGGCUUCCGCUUUUUCCUUCAUGCCUCCUCUUAAGAAUCAGAAAUUCCCAAGUUGACAUCCUAACUCAGUAACUUGGAGAUCAGAGAAGCACCAAGCCUCAGUUUUCUUGUCUAUAACAUGGGAAAGAUGCUUUCUGUUUCCCUGGAGUUGUUGGAAGGCUUCAACAACACCAGUGAGAAGUCCCUAGAAGGGUCUGGAGAGACAGCUCAGAAGUUAAGAACACUUACUGCUUUUGCAGAGGAUCUGAGUUCAAUUCCCAGCCCCCACAUUAGGUGGCUUACAACCUCCUACGACUCCAGCUCUAGGGGAUAUGAUGCUCUUCUGGCCUCCUCAGUCACCUGCAUGCAUGGUGCACAUACAGACAAGCAGACACACCUGCAUACACAUAAUUUUUAUUAAUUUAAAGAAGCUUCUAGAAGAAUGACUGGCAUGCAGUGACUUCAGCACCCUGUCCCUUCCCACUGUUCCCCAGCACUGACCCAACCAAAGAUGCAAACCAGAGUACCUCGGCCGAGGGGCCAUCCACACACAGCAAAAUAAGUUCACUCCAGAGGGUGCCACUUGCCAUUCCUUGGCUGCAUUGCUAUUCAAUUAUAGUUUUGCUGUAGCAAAUUAGUGGUGAUUAUAGUUAAAAAUGCCCUCUAUACAGAGAGCGGUUUUUUUUCCUACCUUGAACCUCAAGUUAUGUUGUGAUUUAUUGCCACCCCCCACCCCCGUACCAUCAGAUGGUGGGUGGUCCUUCCUCUUUACCCACCAUCCCCGUGAGAGAAUUAAGCUCUGCCCAUCAGAAACUGAGAAAACUCCAAGUGCAGUUCUCCAAAUGCACAAGUGAUGUCUUCCAGUGGCUGCCGUUUAGUCAGCUGGGGGCUGUAUCUGAGGGUUCGCUUAGGGUUAGGCGCUGUGCUGGGCUCUGGGGGCGGAAUGAGGGAGGAGGUGGACAUAGCCAUACCACCCACCCUGGGGCCGACUACUACAUACAGGGCAGCAAGGGUGUCACCCAACAGGGAAACUGACAAGGGCUUGUUUCCACUGAGUCAUUCGGAGCAGAACAGAAUCGGGGGGAGGCCUGGAAGCUGGCGGGGAGUGAGCUUGCCAAGCAUGAGGAAGCAUCCUGGCUCAUGAGGGGAAAGCUGUGUGCGGACCAGAUGUGUGGCAUGUUUAAACCACAAAAGGCAGGAGACAAGACUGAGGACAGAGGCCAGCUCCACAGCACACACAGCCAGUGAGAGCAGAGGGAAGCCCUGGAAGUUCCUGUGUGCAGCAGCGGGCAAUGACACGGAAUGGUGGAUAUUCAAGUUGUUUAAAGAUGUAUUUAUUUUUAUUUUAUGUGUGUGGUGGUUUGAAAGGAAAUGCCCCCCAUAGGAAAUGACACUAUUAGGAGGUGUGGCCUUGUUGGUGGAAGUGUGUCACUGUCGGGGCGGGCUUUGAUAUCUCCUGUGCUCAAGCUCUGCCCAGUUCACUUCCUGUUGCCUUUGGAUCAAGAUGUAGAACUCUCAGCUCCUUCUCCAGCACUGUGUCUGUCUGCAUGCUGUCAUGAAAAUAAUGGACUAAAUCUCUGAAAUUGUAAGCCAGCCUCUGAAUUAAAAAGUUUUCCUUUAUAAGAUUUGCCAUGGUCACGGUGUCUCUUCAUAGCAAUAGAAGCCCUAAGACAAUGUGUAUACAUGUUUUGCCUAUAAAUAUUUAUGUGCACUACUUGCUUUUAUUUUUGUGUACCACAUGCCUGGUACCCAUGGAGUAGCCAGAAGAGAGUGCUGGAUCCUCUGGAACUGAAGUUGUGUGUAAGUUGCCAUGUGGGAGCUGGGAACUGAACCUGGGUCCUCAGGAAGAAUGACAGGUGCUCUUAAUCUACUGAGCAAUCUCUUUGUGCCACUUUAAACUUUAUUGCAUUUAUUUAUCUAUUGUGUGUGCAUGUAUAUGUAUAGGCACACAUAUGCCAUAGUGUACCUGUAGAGGUCAGAGGACAACAUGUAGGAGUUGGCUCUCUCCUUCCACCAUGUGAGUUCCAGGGACACAGUUCAGGUCAUCAGGUUUGGCUGCAAGCUCACCAGCCCUGAUGUACAAGAGUGGGAAUGAGGAGUUGGUUAGAAGGUCAACAUUCUCACCUGGUACUGGUAACUCUGGUAGAGGAGACUGAAGUGAACAGUGCCUUUUAAGGACAGGCAGUGUGUGGCAUGUCGCUCCUGAGCAACUGAGAUGAGUCAAAUGCUACCUUGUUGCAAAGCCCUUUGCAUAUUGCAUCCACAUGGGGGCGGGGCGGUGUAGUUAGUAGCAGCCACCAUCAUGUAAGAGAUGGCCAAGCAAGAGUAAGCCAGACAAACGGAGCCCCACCCCCACUCUGAAUCAGUGGCCUCCAGCCACCAUCACAAUUAUCAGCAUUGCCCUUUAAAGGACAGACUCCAUUUCCACAUAGAAAUGGACUGUGGUUGAAUCAGGAACGGGAUAUCUGGGACUCCCCCAGAGUCCUUGGUCCCCGAGGAAACCACAGCCAUGGAGGAUAAUUUUUUGUGUGGGGGGUUUUUUUUGUUGUUUUUUUUGUUUGUUUGUUUUUUGAGACAGGGUUUUUCUGUGUAGUUUUGGUGCCUGUCCUGGAGCUUGCUCUGCAGACCAGGUUGGCCUCGAACUCACAGAGAUCCGCCUGGCUCUGCCUCCCCGAGUACUGGGAUU